GGGCUGCCUUCGUAACAAUGGAGAAAAUGGCGGAAUAAGGAGAGGUCUGGGCGGAGGAGCCGGAAUAGAGCGGAUACCGGAGCAAGAGGGCUCUCCUUAAGAUAGUUUUAUCUUUACAUCCACCAGUCAACAUGGAAAGUACCGAUUCACCUGGGAAAGGAAGUUCUGAACAGUCCGAUUCUCAACGCCAGAGUCAGAUGGACCGCCUAGACCGAGAGGAAGCUUUCUAUCAGUUUGUGAAUAACCUGAACGAAGAGGACUACCGGUUAAUGAGGGAUAAUAAUUUAUUAGGAACUCCAGGGGAAAUUACUAAAGAGGAGCUGCUGAGAAGAUUGCAACAAAUCAAAGAGGGACCACCUCAACCGAAUGCUGAAAACGAAGCUUCUACAGGGGGGACACCUGAGGACUCUUCCAAUGGAGAUUCAAUAAUCGACUGGUUGAAUUCGGUUAGACAGACUGGAAAUACAACAAGAAGUGGUCAGCGGGGCAACCAGUCUUGGAGGGCAGUGAGCAGAACCAAUCCAAAUAGUGGUGAUUUUAGGUUUAGUCUGGAAAUAAAUGUGAAUCGUAACGCCGCUAAUCAGAAUAUGCCUUCAGCUGAGCAGUCAUCAGAAACCAAUGGAGCUGAAGAUAUGGAAGUCAGUAGUCAGGUUGAGGGUGAACCAGAGACUGAGCCUGAGCCUGAGCCUGAACCUGAACCUGAGCCUGAGCCUGAACCUGAACCUGAACCCGAACCCGAACCUGAACCUGAACCCGAACCCGAACCUGAACCUGAAAUUACACCCCCUGUUGUGGUACAAGAGCAAGUAGUUACCGAGGAGCCAAGUCCUCAGAGAGGUCAAAGGAGGCCAAGAAGUCGUAGCCCAGACCAGCGAAGGAUCAGGGCAAGGACUGAUAGAAGCAGAUCACCUCUAAAUCGACCUGUGGAGCAACCAACUCGAAGGGCUCAACAUAGUCCAGUACAGACUGUUAAUGCUCCUCCCGCUGUUGAGGAAGCAGAGGGUAGCUCUAGAACCAGGCAGCUUGUAACUGCAUACCUGAGCAGUUCUACUUCUGAGGCGGAGGGAAGUUCUAGAACUAGACAGCAUGUAACUUCCAGACUACAAGCACUUGCUACCGAAUCUCAGAAUCCCAGUGUAGUGCUUUCAAAUCCAGAGCCAGGAGCUUCUCCCCAGCCUCCUCCCACAGAGACUCCAGAAAAUGCAGAACCUACAGGCACCGGUCAAAGGCCACCAACCAUAGUUUUAGAUCUUCAGGUUAGGCGGGUACGUCCAGGGGAGUAUCGUCAAAGAGAUAGCAUUGCAAACAGGACACGCUCACGCUCUCAGACCCCUAACAAUACAGUCACUUACGAGAGUGAACGGGGGGGAUUCCGUCGCACGUUCUCACGGUCAGAGCGAGCUGGCGUCAGGACAUAUGUCAGUACUAUCAGAAUCCCAAUCCGUAGGAUACUAAACACAGGCCUGAGUGAAACCACCUCUGUUGCUAUCCAGACCAUGCUACGGCAGAUAAUGACUGGUUUUGGGGAGCUAAGCUACUUUAUGUAUAGUGAUAACGAUGCAGAGCCUGGCACUCCUGCAGCUGCCUCUCAACCAAUAGCCGUGGGGGUGGAAACCCAGAACAUUGUUACACCAAAUGCCAGUCCACCUCCUCCUCCACCGCCGCCGCCGCCACCACCACCACCGCCGCCGCCGCCGCCUGUACCUGAGCCUCCUGUAGAACCACCCAUCCCUGUUGUGGAACCUGACGAUGCCAAUGCAGAAAUUGUGUCAACUUCUGGGGGUAGGAGGGAAGUUCGUAACAGAAGAUCUGUCACCUUCGAAGAAAGUGGAUCUCUGCCAUUUCUUAGGCUGGCUCAGUUUUUUUUGCUUAAUGAAGAUGAUGAUGAUCAACCAAGGGGACUCACCAAAGAACAAAUUGACAACCUGUCAACUCGUAAUUAUGGUGAAAAUGAUGCCCUGAAAACUUGUAGCGUGUGCAUAACAGAGUACGCAGAGGGGAACAAGCUCCGCAAGCUCCCUUGUUCACAUGAGUACCACGUCCACUGUAUUGAUCGCUGGCUGUCUGAAAACUCUACUUGUCCAAUCUGCCGCCGAGCUGUUCUGGUGCCUAGCAACAGGGAAAGUGUGGUGUAAACGGCUUGCUAUGAACUGUCUACUAAGCAGCUACCGUUUUAGGCCCGGAGAAGGAGAAAAAGAUGCUUUUUAUGACCACUUUUUGAGUGGUGCUUAAAGUAGGAUUUUUGGCUUUUUGAGUGAGUUGUCAUGUUGAGAUGAAACAUUUCUAUUUCUCCUCCCUCACAAAAUCUCAAUGAUUCAAAACCUGUUAAGAAAUGUGGUCCAUGAGAAAAAGUAACUUUCUAAAAAAAAAUAUUCCAUUUCACUACGGUCAGAACAUCUACUUUGCAAGGACAGCAUUCCUUACAUCCCCUGCUGAACCUUACACGCUCAGUGCUGGUAUGAUCCCUAUGAAGAUCACCUCAGUACUUGGUAACUAGACUUUUCAAGCGGGAUCAUUGUGAGAAUCACUUGUUUUAAGUCAAGGUUUAAUUACAGGAGUAGCCUUAAAUAUACGCAGUGGUACAUUUUAUGCUUAUUGUCAUUGCUUACAGUUUUUUUUUUUUUUUUUAUUUGUAUGACAAUUUGUGAUGAUUAGACUUCCUUAAAUUCUCUGGCCAUAGGAGGGCCUUGCCAGUGUAGCACAUACUUGUAUAUAGGCACCAGUUAAUUGCUCACAUUGUGCUUUUCUCGGUUCUAAUGGCAUUAUGCAUGCAUUUAACCUAUAAGAGAUACCUUCUAACUGCAGGGUAUUGGCCCCACACCCACCUGUUAUCCAACCAGUGAAGCUUGGAGCUUCCACAGUUUCAAAGUUCAUCUGAUCAUUGAAAAAAAAUAAGGAUUUAAUUUUUAUGUAUUGCCAUUUUCUAUACUUAAGGUGAAGGUAGUGCUUUAGUAAAACCACCUAGCUGAUGUACACAAUAGCUUGAAGUAGCAGGCAUCAGCAAUUGGUUCAAGCUGAGAAUGUAAUGCAUCGCAAGAUUAGAUUCCCCCCCCCCCCCCCCCUUGAAUAGUCAAUUAUUUUUUUUAGGUUCCAGAACCAUGGGUUCCACACAUGCUUUAGGACAAUACAGUAUUGGAAUAUGAAAGGCGUGGGGUCUGCAGUCAUCCCAACAGGCAGGAGAAAGUGCAGACCUGGUCAGAAUCUGACUCUGUCAGGAAGGGGGGGGGGGGGGGGGGUUGGACCUUCAUCUGUCAGCUGUACCCUGGACAACCUACAAUGGUCGGUCAUCUAAUCACUCCAGCAGCAUGGUAGGCAUUGGGCUGGAUCAGAAACCUUUUGAAAGUAACAUUGGUUACUGGUAUCUGGAUCCAUUGUGCUAAGCACUUAUAAAUUACUGAAAUGGUAUUCGGUCAUAGUCCACACACUAUUUUUGUAAAUCCAUUUAUUACUAUGGGAGUUAAAUGUUCUUUUUAAUAUUUUUAAAGUCCUUUUUUAGGGUGUGACAACUCACUGGUCAGUUAGUGCCACUCAGACUUCUCAAAGUACCCGCCAUAUGUUAAUAACUAACUCUGUUUAAGAGUUGAUUAUUUUAACGCCAAUUGACCUACGGCUUUCUGUCAUGCGUUGAGGGUCUUCCUGCACUGCAGCAUGAGACGUUGAAUGCGUUUGUGCCUUGCAUUCGAGAUGUUACUCUGUGUGGUAGUGAGUCUUCACUUGGAUAAGAAUCAGUAACACAGCAUAGCUUUAUCUAACAAGUGACAUAUAUAUAUAUAUAUUAUUUUUUUUUUUUUAUUUUCAUCGAAAGAGGGUUUUUGUUGCACAGAAUUUAUUCCCUUUUUUUUAUUUUUGUAUAUAAUUCAACUUCUGGGGGGUGGGUGGGUGGGGAUGGAUUUGGGGUAUUCCUGUUGGGAGGUUAAAAAUAAAGAUCGUUCCAGCACCAAAGGGUGAAACAGCCACAAAAUGAUUCUAAAUAAUGUCUGAGAUUAGUUUGGUGAAAACCCGAGGACGACGUAUCCGUGUGUAAACUCACUUUAGGAUCUCUGUAAAUAAAGACACUUGUCAGAUUCUUCUCAUUCUGUAUGUCUGAAGGCCCAUUUUAAUUGACAUACUGUAGAAAUUGCUGAUUUAGUUUCAAUUUGGAAUAUUUAUCUUGUGAAAUAUAACAAAUGUUUAUGCUUGUUGAAAUAAAAAAAGGAAAAAAACCCUUUCUUCGAAAUGUAUAGCUUUUUGUAGCCUCAGCAGCUCCAUCCACGGUCCCUGCACAGUGUUAGUAUUGUGUAGCAGACAAAUCUGUCUGACAUGACGCUUGCUCAUUCUCCACGUGUACACAUGGCUAGCCGCUUACAGAUUGCAAUUGUCUGACCGCGAAACGGGGGCGUAGUUCUUGUUUUUAAUAUGUGAAAUAUAAACCUGAGGCUGCUAACAUGAAAUGAGAAUAAAAGUUUUAAACCUGAA